AUGUCGAUUAUUUCUCAUUUAUUAUCAAUUAGAACAUCAACUUGUUUAACAAGAAAUCUUCUUCGAUCGACUAGUUUAUUAACACAAAACCGUUUUGUAUCAUCAACAUUAUCAUUAUCAAAUAAAACUGAUACGAAAAGUAGUACUUUACCUCAUGGAUUACCACCAUCUGAAAAGAAGAAAGCGAAAUUUAAUAUAUCAUGGAAAACUGUAAGUGUAACUGCUUUUGGUGCUGCUUCAUUAAUGGCUUUCAUAUAUUAUCUUGAUCAACGUAAAGCAAAAAAUCGUAGAAAACUUCAACGUACUGCAGUUGGUAAAAUGGCUAUUGGUGGUCCAUUUUCAUUGAUAACACAUGAAAAAAAACCCAUUACAGAUAAAGAUUUUCAUGGUAAAUGGCUAUUGAUUUAUUUUGGUUUUACUCAUUGUCCAGAUAUAUGUCCUGAAGAAUUAGAAAAAUUAGCUGAAGUUACAGAAAUUCUUAAUAAACAAAAAAAUAAACAAAAAUAUUCAUUUCAACCAUUAUUUGUUUCUGUUGAUCCGGAACGUGAUACACCUGAAUUAGUUUCACAAUAUAUUAAAGAUUAUUCACCACAUUUUAUUGGUUUAACAGGAACACGUGAACAAGUUGCGGAUAUGUGUAAACAUUAUCGAGUUUAUUUUAGUCAAGGACCGAAAGUCGGUGAUGAUUAUAUUGUUGAUCAUGCUAUAAUUAUGUAUUUAAUCAAUCCAAACGGUGAUUUUGUUGAUUAUUACGGUAGAAAUAAGAAUGCAAAAGAAGUAGCUACUGCUAUUGAACAACAUAUGAAUGCUUUCAAAGAGACGAAUACAUAA